UGCUCACACCGUGCGGGGAGGAUCAGGGCAGCUCUCGCAGCGUGCCGUUAAGAGAGGAAGAGCAUGUGCCCAUAGAGAGGCUUCUAACUCUCUUGCGUGCAGCUUUUCAUAGUUUGCAUCUCUUAUCCUUAAAUUGUAGUUUUUGUUGGUGCUGCUUCUCCAAGCUGUCCUGGGGGCGAAAAAUGGUUGAAGGGUGGUAUGAAAGUCCAUUCGCUAAAUAAAUAACAAGUGUAUAGAGUUGCCUUGUACUGCCAAAUGGUCCAUCCAGCCCACCAUUGUCUCCUGUGUCUCGAACAGGUUCUCCCUGAUCUUUACCAGUUUUGAUGCCUAAGAUCUGUUUAACUGGAGAGGCCAGUGACUGAACAUGUGACCCUUUUGUGUACAAAACAGUGUUCUGUGUCUGAGCUGCAGGGUCCAUCCAACAUCUUCCUAAUGCCACAUGUAGAGCUUUUGAAGCCAUGUGGGUGUGAUGGGGCAGUAAGGGUGUAAAGGGUCUUGGAAACUCACAGCGAGAAUAUGAAAAGCAGGUUGUGCUCUAUAGUAUCCGCAAUCAGCUACGGUACCGGAAUAACUUAGUUAAGCAUGUCAAGAAAGAUGAACGCAGAUACUAUGAGGAAUUGUUAAAAUACAGUAGAGAGCAUCUUAUGUUAUACCCAUACCACUUGUCUGACAUCAUGGUGAAAGGCCUGAGGAUAACCCCUUUUUCAUAUUACACAGGAAUAAUGGAGGAUAUAAUGAACAGUGAAAAAAGCUAUGAUUCGUUGCCCAAUUUCACUGCUGCAGACUGCUUGAGACUUCUUGGCAUAGGAAGAAACCAGUACAUCGAUCUAAUGAACCAGUGUAGAUCCUCAAAAAAAUUUUUCAGAAGGAAAACUGCUCGUGAUUUGCUGCCUGUGAAGCCAGUGGAGAUUUCCAUAGAAGCUUGGUGGGUGGUGCAAGCUGGCUACAUUACAGAGGAUGACAUAAAGAUUUGCACUACCUCUGAAAAAACUGCUAUUGAUAAGAUCAUAGAUUCAGGUCCCCAGCUCUCUGGAUCUUUGGACUACAAUGUAGUUCAUAGCUUAUAUAAUAAAGGGUUUAUUUACCUUGAUGUACCCAUAUCAGAUGACAGUUGUAUAGCAGUGCCCCCACUUGAAGGUUUUGUUAUGAACAGAGUACAGGGUGACUAUUUCGAAACUCUGCUCUACAAGAUAUUUGUUUCAAUAGACGAACAGACCAAUGUGGCAGAGCUUGCAAAUGUCCUGGAGAUAGAUUUGUCACUCGUAAAGAAUGCUGUUUCCAUGUACUGCCGGUUGGGGUUUGCCCAUAAAAAGGGCCAAGUAAUAAAUCUGGAUAACCUUCAUUUAUCAUGGAGGAAUGUUCCAUCUAUAAACAGGUUGAAAACUACUUUAGAUCCACAGAAGAUGCUAUUGUCAUGGGACAGUGCGGAAAGCAGGAGUCCUGUACAGGAGGCUGCAUCAUCUGCUACAGAUACUGACACAAACAGUCAAGACGAUCAAGGCGAUACUGCCAGUGUGAGCAGCUUGAGUCUGUCUAGUGGGCACACAAAGCGCAUUGCCUUCUUGUUUGAUUCAACGCUCACUGCCUUUUUAAUGAUGGGGAAUCUCUCACCGAAUUUGAAAAGUCAUGCAGUUACCAUGUUUGAAGUUGGAAAAUUGUCAGAUGAGUCUCUGGAUAGUUUCCUCAUAGAACUUGAAAAGGUUCAAAGCACAGGAGAGGGUGAAGCUCAACGAUACUUUGAUCAUGCACUUACCCUGAGAAACACUAUACUGUUUCUGAGACACAAUAAGGACCUUGUGGCUCAAGUUACGCAGUCUGAACAACCUAAUAAUGGUUUCCCUCUGGAUUUACUGCGCUGUGAAAGUUUGCUUGGCUUGGACCCUGCUACAUGCAGUAGAGUUUUGAAUAAAAACUACAUGCUGCUAGUCUCCAUGGCUCCUCUCACCAAUGAGAUUCGACCCAUCAGCAGUUGUACGCCCCAGCAUAUUGGACCAGCAAUUCCAGAGGUUAGCUCGGUAUGGUUCAAGCUAUAUAUUUACCACAUAACUGGACAAGGGCCUCCAUCCUUGUUACUGUCUAAAGGAACAAGACUUCGAAAACUUCCAGAUAUCUUUCAGGGUUAUGAUCGCUUAUUAAUAACGUCUUGGGGGCAUGACCCAGGCAUUGUCCCAACUUCAAAUGUGCUUACCAUGUUGAAUGAUGCUUUAACUCAUUCUGCAGUUCUGAUUCAGGGUCAUGGUAUGCAUGGUAUGGGGGAGACCAUCCAUAUGCCAUUUCCAUUUGAUGAAACUGAACAGCAAGGAGAUUUUUCUCGGGUCAACAUGGGUGUUCAUAAAGCAUUGCGGGUAUUAAGGGAAAAGAUGGAUUUGCAGCACUUCUGUGGCUAUGUAACCAUGUUGAAUCCAUAUAGUCACUUUGCGAACAGAAAGCUGAGUGAUGCUUCUGAUGGAAAAGGUGAACCUGAGCUGGCACUGAGCUCAGAUGUCAAUGGGAGCACAGAAUCAUUUGAAAUGGUAAUUGAAGAGCCGCCCAUUGAUUCUGCGGCUAAGCAGAGUCCUGAAGUUCCCACAACAGAACUGGAAUGGGUUCCCCUGGAAUUGUGCUUUGGAAUUCCACUCUUUAGCUCUGAAUUAAACAGGAAAAUCUGCCGAAAAAUUGCAAGCCAUGGACUAUGUAGCAGAGAGAGCCUUCAAAAACUGUUACAUUCCAGUAGAAAACUCUCUCUACAAGUCCUUAGCUUUAUCCAUUCAUUCCAGGAAAGCAUUUCAACCAUGGAGUUACUUUCAGAGACCAGUUUUUCUUCUUCAAGUUUACUUUCACAUCCCGCUUGUGCCGACGCAGGUGUCCCCUUCCCUGCAAAGAAUUUAAUGUUCAAGGACGGUGUCUUAUCGGAAUGGCAUGGACGGUCUCCUUCCUCGGUCCUUAUUGCCACCAUGCCACCAGAGCACCUUAAAUAGCUUGUGGGUUCGCUGGGUGUGGUGUUCACAUCUUGCCUUUUUAUUCCUGGUAACCAACUGCAUUCAACUUACAGUGCCAAUCUCUGAGAAGUGUACUGCUGUUGCUGCAGUGUGACUUCUGCAAUGAUAGUGUUACUAAAGUGUGUAGUGUUGCACUUAACUUGGGGAGAUGCAUCCUGUCUCGCCUGUCUGUCCAUUACUGCAUGUCCUGUUGCAACAGAAAGCUUUCUAGCUUAUCAGCCUGUCUCUUUUUAAUCUCAAGACAAUCGGUCUUUCUUUUAUAAAUGAAAGCAUCCUUCAUAGGCUUUCUGAUAGUUGAAUUUCUAUGCGGUCACAACAGAGAUAAUAGCAAUUUUGUAUGUUAGUGAUGCAGACCUUGCUUAAUUUUUUGUAUUAACACACAACAGUUAAACUUUUUUUUGGCAUUAGAAAGGCACAAAAGGUAUUCAAAUAGUGUAGCAAAAAUGUCUCUGCGACUGGUGAUGCUAUCUGAGGGUGGGGUAAUGCUAAGGAGCUGUUGCUGACAUUCUUAGAGAUUAGCUACCCACUAAGAAGGAAGGUUGGGAGAUACUGGCAUCCGUGUAUUGAUGCUAGUUUGUAAAUGGUUUUAAUCUGAUACUUAAGAGCGCCUACAGAUGCCUCAUGGGAAAACUUUUAGAAAUUGGAUUAAUACAGGUGGCCCUCUUUAUUCCCGGGGGUUCCGUUUUUGCCUGUAGCUGUGAGUAUGGAAACCACGAAUAAAGAAACCUUACCCCAUGGGAAUCUAGGGGUUAGGUUCCUAACCAGGAAAUAAAGCCCCAAAAGUGGGAAGCGGGGAGAAAUAAGAAUAGAAAUGCACAGUACCCUGCUCUCCAGGGCUCCAGAAAUGUCCUUGCAGCCCCUGCAAAUCGGCCAAAUAUUUGGUGAAUAUUGGCCAAUGAAAUGUUGCUUUUUAAAGAGAGAGCCUCAAAUUGGCUCCAAAAUGGCAGCCGGAAGUGACACCAGAAGUCACUAUUUCGGCCAACUGCUAAAAGAUGGAUUUUAGCCUAUUUUUGUACUGCAAAUAAAGAAACUGAGUUUCUUUUAAGACCCGUCCACAGAUACGUGAAACCACAGGUGCCGGGACCGUGGACAAUGAAUGCUACCUGUAUUUUAAUCCUUGGUAGAACAGAGCUGUUUGGACAUAUGCCAGGGAUAACUGAUGCUGUCUGUACAUAGGUCUUUGUUGAUAGACUGUGCUUCUUCCACUUGUUUUACUGACACAUUUGCAAUACACCUAAGAACCUGAGGACCUUUUGCUGCUACUGCCUUUUUGUCCAAAGUUAACUGAGAGCCUUCUCUCACAGCCACUUUAGUAUGGAGUAGCCAUACAGAGAUCCUGCAUGUCACAGCUUCUAGCUCACGGCCAGCCAGUUGUGUGAAUCUACCACCACAUGAAGAACGUAGCUAUUGGCUUGCCACUGCAGACAACUACAGUGGUGUCCCAAAAGCUGAACCUCGCACAUGGUGGCAGAGUCGCAUGGACUUUCAAGCACACUUUAUGUGGCUAGUGGGGAAAGUGGUUGUGUGAAUCGGCUCUGAGCUGUAGAAUGUAGAAUAAUUGGUUUGCUGUGGGAAAGCCUGGAUGCACUACACUAAGUAUUCAGUCUGCACAACCUGCGUUCCAUGCUUUGGACACUGUACAGAAACAGUGUUUGGAUUCUUCUAGCCUGUGAUGGAUGCCGUUGUUUAAGAAAGUGGAUGUCCGCAAGGAGAACUUGGUCAGAUUUGUGUUGAAUCUCUAACUUACAUGUAGGAAUAAAUGUAAACUGAAUAAGGUAUCAGAACUGUAAGGAGGCCUGGUAGUCAUUAAACAGUCCACUGGGAAGUUCUCCUAAAUAAGCUCCACGAAAAUAGGUGGGAGUUUUACAAGAACAUGGAUAGUGCUCUUGUGCAACUCCUUCAUUUAGUAGGAAUUUUACAGAACUACCCAGUGGAUUAAGACCGUAGUGGUUUGAGGGUGUUUGGUUGCUUUCAUCAUGAAAAAGUGUUAAUGCAGUUGACUGAUAAUGCCUAAUCCUUUCUAGAUUUUAUCAGAGUUCCCUCCCUAGAAGGGCAGGAGAAAUGCAGUGUUGUAUAACAGUUAGCUUUGUAUAGUUUAUACACACUCUGUACUGUAGUUCUGCUAGUUUUGGGGUCUUCUCGACAGGUGUGAGAUGUAACCACUCAGUUGUAAAACCUUAAGCAUUAGAACAUUUGGUGUUGAAUCAUUGUGAGCUAAAAUGUUUUAUAUCAGGGUUUGGGGCAGGGGGGAAAGGUGAUUUGUUUUGUCUUACUGGAGUAGUUUUUUAAUGCAAAUUAGCUGCCUUUAAUGGUAGGAAUGUUUAGGGGACCAAGAACCCAGAGAGAAUCUAAGUGAUAUUCACAGUAGGAUGCAGUAACAGCAGGUUCCUCCUGUUUAAAAAAACAAACCAGGGUAAGAACAAUGGCUUCUGUUGUGCAUAUUUGAAAAUGAAAGAAAAUGUAUAAAAUUUAUAUUGAAUUCUAGUGGCUAGAAAUUGAUUCUCUCCCCCUUCCCUGUUUCCGUUCUAUUCAUAUGCACCAAAUAUGGAAACAAGUUCCCUUUCAUCAGAAAAGCAAGGAUGAGGACUUGCUUGAGCAUCGGUUCUUAUAGCCAUUUCUUUCCUUCUGUUUCUUUUAUUUCUCACAGUAUCACAGAGCCCCACCUAAUGAAGUGAUCUAUAAUGUGAACAUCAUUACAUGUUAAUAGAAAGGUAUGUGUCUGUCAUCUCAUUGGAGAUACAGUAGCAGUUGCUUCACUGCCUUGUAACAAAGGAAAGGGAGAGGCUUGAGGAUUGUACCUUAAACUAGUUGUAGCUUAAAACAAAUUACUUCAAAGUAGCCUAGGGUUGCCAACUGGUCCUCCUCCUGUGCCUCUGACAGCCACUUUAUGCAGAAAUCGGCCAGUCAAAGCUUCUCACGGCAUGGGGACAGAUGCUUUAUUACCUGCUAAGAUCUGCAUAUUAACCUGCUGCUAAAGGCCACAAGGCCAUAUGGAGAGGUCCCCUGAUCCAUGUGUCAGGCUGUCACAAGAAUAGGGGUCCAUACAAGAUCUGGGAGUCCUAAGUCCUUUCUCUUGAAUCUAAUCUGCUUGCAGAAGCAAUUUCUGUAUUGUUGUUACAGUACUUUCUCCCUACGGGUUUUAUACAAGCAGGAUAGAAACCAAUGAUCUGAGACUUCACACAUGACCCAUCCUGAUGGUAUUCACUAGUCAGGACCAUACUGUGCAUGAUGUGGGAGAUAUAAUCAUGGAUUUCCCACUGGUUUUGCUUUUACUUUUAAAGCAGCCACAGGAGGCUCCAAACCAGAUUGGAGCAGCAGUACAGGGAAGGAGGUAUGCCAUUUUUCUGAUCUAAAUCCAGAGAAUGAUUUUCAACCCUGCCCUGAAUGGCUCUGAUUUUCUCCAGCAGGCCAAGAGCAAUUUUUGAGAGAUACUUCAGGCUAAAAAGUAGUAGAAUGGGGAAGAUUAAACUCACACAUGUCCCUGUUCUGAUCAGAUGCGGAGCCUUUUGCAGAUGUUUUAAAAUAAAAACCAAAGAGAUGACCACAGACCACAUAAUGUGUAGUUUGGCCUUCAGUAAUGGGAAUUUUCAGUGAAGCAGGACUAGAAGACCUUACCGAAAAUCAUGCAUACCAUAAAUAACACUCAUGUAGCCCAGAUGUGGUGGUGGUGGUCUGUUUUGAAUGUCUAUCCUAUGACAUUUGAAAAUCCCCAGAAUUGCAGGGCUUUGCUGCUCCAGCAAUAGGCAGGAAUUCUCAAAAGUUUCAGCUGGAGUCAUCCUUGUUUGUUUUUCAUCAUCCUCCCCCCUGACACACCAUCUUACCCUCCCUUUUUACUGAUCUUGGGAUGCUGCUGUCUAUGCGCCACACAGACCCAGAUGGCAACACUCCAAGGCAGUGUCUCUGCUGCCAACUCAAUCAAAGCUCACUGAAGAGUCCUUAAGUGGAGGGAUGCUUAAAUGGUCAAAAAUUGUAUUACAUUGGUGGAGGGAGGGAACAAGAGAGGCAAAAGACCAUUCCAAGUCUCAUCUAGCUCCAUUCCUUUAAAAAAUCCUCCCCAUAACAGAUACAAAACACUCACUUAGCCCAGGGUUUCUCAAACGGGUCCCCAGAUGAUGUUGGACUACAAUUCCCACUAUCCCCAACCACAGUGGACUGCAGCCCCUCAUCAGCCACAGUGGCCUUUGGCUGGAGAGGUGGGGAGCUGCCGUCAACAUAUCUGGGGGCCCAGCAUGAGAAUCUCUGGCGUAGUAGACCUUCCAACCCCAAUCCUUUCUGCCAUAUUUCAGGUGUGACAUAAAUAUACUGUGAAUAAAGUUGCAACUUGUUUUCAACCAAAACAUUUUUCUUGAUCUGUCAAGCUUAGCCUUUUCUUCUUCUUCUUCUUUUUCUUCUUUUUUUGGUCACUUGUCUCAGAUCAGGUUUGUGUUGUAUUAGGCCUUAACAUUUUGCAGUUGUCUAUAUUUUUCAUAAUUAAAAUGUACUUUUGUUUCUUAAACUGGGGAAUAAAUGAGAUAUCCAGAAACAAUGUUUUUAACUGGACUCUCCUUGAGAGACUUGUGAGUUUUUCAGGACUGUGUUGCUGGGAUUUCCCUUUCGUAUAUGUACAUCACUGUCUUCUCCUUGCCAGCUUCAUAACAGUCUAAUUAUCCCCAGUAGUGCUCUUAUUUUCCUCUGUGUUUCUAACACCACUUGUAUCUUUGGAAGGUUUAAAGCGUGGGAGUCCCAACAACCGUAAAGCAACCCAGUUGCUUUGUUCUCUGUUCUAAUGUUGCUGAUGGUAUACAGUGGAAUGUACAAAAUCUGGUAUUUGAUUAAAUUAUUGGCACAUGUAACAUAAAUGUUUACAAAUAAAACUGUUGCUGGUCAGAA